GUGCUCAGUGCUCAUCUUGUUCCUCUUGAUAUUUCUGCCUGGUGGGAGGUUUCUCCGAAUUUUUCUGAGUCCCGUCUGGUCUGCGGUGGUAUUAAUAGUGGCAAUAAUUCCACUGAUCGUCUUUGUUACGAUGUCGCAUUCAGCGAUCCGGAGCUUGAAACUGGGAUUGAAGUCACUGGUCGGGCGACAGCAAAAAAGAGAUCUAAGUGGCAUGUCCACACAAGCGAACAGCCAGAUGACUCUGGUGUUCUCGCGAAAGGGGAAGUUUUUGCAAUUUCAAAGAAGCGCGAGCGACACAAACAUUCUUUUGUUUCUGAUUCUGCACAUUAUGGCACUAAUGGAAGAUUCUCAUCAGGGACAGACAUUCAUUAAAUUAUGA